CUGAUUACAUUCAUAUCUCUAUUUAGUUUGUGAUUACAUUAUUUUUUUGAUAAACUCACAGUAGCUCAGUGAAAGAAAUUUAUUUCGUUUGAAUUAAUUUAUAAAGCAUUGGUUUUCGAAGACUGUUUUAAAUAUUAUAAUUCCCCUAUGAACAUAGAAAACUUUAGAAGACGAUAAGUUCUAGGAGUUCCGAUUAAGUUAAAAAUUCCAUAAUGGAAGGAUCAUACAAAGACAAAUAUUCAUUUAUAGGCGAAUGGUACGACAAUCAAGCGAGUUUAAUUCGCCGUUUUAACGUUUUUUACUACCCCACUGAUGAUACACUAGAGAUGUAUGAUUUGAAAUUAAGAAAAAUGUUUGUUCGUCGAGUUAAAGUGGAUGGAAUAAAAUUGGAUAGUUUCUACAUUGGUGCCACAUUGUAUAUAUUAGGGCGGUUAAUUAAAAUUGUAGGCUUUGCUUGUGAAGAUACAAGACAGAAAUUACAUAAAGAUGUGCAGGUAACAUUUAGUAUCAUCAAGCCUGGACCUUUAAAUAUCAUUGGUAAAAUUUUAACAUUUUUCCAUGAACAUGGGCUUCGAGUUACUAAGAUGAAGAUGGCACAAAUGACUCAUGAUGAUGUUAAUUUCAUUUUUAGAUCAAUGCUGUCGGAUCCUACAUUUCCCUUCCUAUCAGAAUUUCUAGGGGGCAAACAUGUCUAUGGUUUAGAAUUGGUAGGAAAAGAUGCAGUGGCUCAAUGUGCUCGCAUUGUUGGGGAUAAUGACCCACUAAAAGCAGAACCUGGAACUAUCAGAGCUUUAUAUGGAGUUGAUCCUGUUAGAAACUGUGUAUAUUGUUCACCGUCAGCAGAAUCAGGUGCUGAGGAUUUAGAAUAUUUUUUUCCUCCACCGCCAUUACGCUCUGUGAGGCUCCGACUGACAGCAACACUAUCUAAUUGCACACUAUGUAUUGUUAAGCCUCAUGCAAUCCGUGAAGGAAAAUUGGGAGCUGCAAUAGAGGGGAUUGAUGAAGGAGGAUUUGAUAUCACUGCCUUAAAUAUGUUUAUUGUGGAAAAUGUUAAUGCAGCUGAAUUCUAUGAAGUUUAUAAAGGAAUCGUUCCAGAGUAUAAGGGGAUGGUUGAAGAGUUAUCGAGCGGCCCUUGUGUAGCAAUGGAGAUUGUUUGCAGAGACAAAUCACUAAACACAGCAGUAGAAUUCAGGAAAAUUGUGGGGCCUUCCGAUCCCGAAAUAGCAAGACUGUUGCGGCCAAACACUUUACGAGCGAAGUUGGGGAAGACGAAAGUUCAGAAUGCAGUCCACUGCAGUGAUUUACCAGAGGACGGCUUAUUAGAGGUCGAAUAUUUCUUUAAAAUAUUAGAUUUAUAAUACGUGUUGAAACCAAACACACUUGAGACUGAUGUUUUAUUAAUAAAAUUACUUGCGCACUAUAUUAAAAUUUACAGUUUGAAGUAAUGUGUGAUUAAAUAAAAUAUUGCGUUUA